ACUCUUCUCUGAGAAUCUUUUGCGUGUAAAUCUCACGUAUGUUUUAAAAUGCAUUAUCAGUUCUUUAUCUCCUUACAUUUCAAUUUACAGAAUACUCACAAUAUAACUUUGAUUAUCCAUCAGCGAGCUCUGUGUCUGAAGUAUAAAUGAGCAAGACAGAGAUAGAGGAUACUUGUUUGCAUAAUGUCUUCCUAGUCUGAAAGUAGCCGAGUCGUAUUAUCCCGAUAAGAGAGUCUGAGAUACAAUUUCGCGGAGGAAUACGCUUCCGAGACACGCGAUGUCGCGCGACUUCGGUCGGUGUCUUCAGUCUUCCCUUGACUUUCCGCCUGACAAUUGCGGACACAGAAAACGUGUCGCAAACGAGUUCGCUGGCGUGCAAUUAAGUCGCCUGAGCACUCAGGCGUAUUUGGAUUUCUCUCUUACUCUUUUGAUUGACAUAUUAAUUCCGUUCUUCAUACGGUGUGUUUCUUCUUUUGAAAUUUCUAUUCGUUGAGAGUUUUUCACACACGCACAAACUCGGAUAAAAAACUAUCAUCUCCCCUGUGACGCGAAUAUAUUUGAGCAAAAUACUAUGACGACCGACGAGCCAUCGAACGUCGAUCCGCCGGAAUUGCGGAAAGCUUUCGGCGAUAUCGAAAUCAACGUUGUUAACAUCGACACCUGUAAAACAAACAUAUUCACUCUUUACGCGAAGAUAUUCCGACUACUUCUCACGACUCACACGCCGAGCUUUAGCCUUCUCAGCGAGGAACAGCGUAACCGGGAACUCGAGAAGCUAAUACUUCCGAGCAAUGAAGAAUGGCGUCACCGAGCUUACCAGAGUCUCGUCGAGUUGCAAAGAGAAAAGGACGCUGAGACCGAAGAUAAAAAGAUGGAAAAUGCCGAAUGUAGCGUGAGUCCCGCGAACUCGCACGAGUGGGAAUGGUGUCCAAAGGAAAUGAGAUACGUGCCGAAGGGAAAAAAAAUCGAAAGUCCGAACACGAUCGCAUCCCUGAACGCUAUAUCGGGAACUGGCGGCUCGAUGACGGAGGCUUGCGUGGAGCCGGGCUGGCGCGUCAACGAUAUUCUCUUGGCGGCCAAGGUUCUCCAGAACGCGCGGCCCAUCCCGAACUACGCGAACGAGGCCGAGAUGAGACGCGUCUUCGGUUUGGUGUACGAUGUUCUCAGAUACAAAAACAUUUUAAAUCGCACCCUCGAAGACGGCGGCUUUUGGUAUCAAAACGGCGACCUGAAGCAACGAGAACGAGUGGUCUGGCUGUUGCUGUACGACAUGCAGGGAAGAAAGUUCGCGCGUCGGCGCGACGGAAACGCUCUCGAAACCCGGAAGAGAAUAUUCCAGGCUUUCGGACUGACAGACAUCGAAGACGCUCUUUUGAAGGCGAAGACGCACUUAGCGGCGAGCAUAUCGCGUCUUCGCAUCGGCGGCUCGGCGCUCAGUCUCGACGAGCUCCUCCCGAUGCAUCUGCGUAUCGCCGAAGGAAUAAGCUGGGCCGACGAAGGCGCGAUCGCUUCCGGAUGGAUCAACACCAUGAAGAUGACCAACAAAAACGAAUUCGUGCGAGAAAUGUUGAAGCUAAAACUCGCAUUGCGCGACGACGACGUCAAGCCUGUGGAACUCGACGAGAACGACUACGUUUUCGAUUCGAUUUGUCCGAAGAUGAUAAACUUGCACGAUAAGGCGCGAGAGACACUCGCCGUGUCCAAUUUGGUGCGCGAUCACCGAUUCGUUUUUCUGGAAAGAUCGCUGUGUCUCGGAGCGGCCGCGUUGGCGCAGGCGAUGCGCGUCGCGCGUCUCUGCGGUCCCGUGGUCCUCACGCACUCGAUCGCUCCUCGCCACACGGGCUACCUGGCCGCGCUUCUGACCGACAUCGAGGACGCUGGUAGACUCCUGGCUUUCGGCGCCGGAGAUCGUCACCGCGAAUACGAAGCUUAUCUCGAGACUCUGGGUAUUACGGUGCAGCAGUGCAGAAUCUUCUCGGAGAAAUACGUGUCGCCGCCGUCGUCCGUCGAAUUGGAGAGGGCGACCGUCGUACUGGCGACUCCUCCGUGCAGCUACACCGGCGUUCGGGACAUUGUCGAUCUCGCCGUUGCUCGCGGCGGUGACACGAAUUUAUUAGAAUCUUUGACAAACGACGCGGCGGGCGAGAUCAAACACCCACGUGCUCUUCUGGCCGAACAAUUUUCCACGCUCAAACACGCGCUGACCAGACCGAACAUACAGUUUUUGAUAUACGAGGUGCACACGAUCCUGCCGUCCGAAACCACGGAGAUGGUUCGACAAGUCGUCGAUUACGCCAAUCAAAUAGCCACCGAGAAAUAUAUCCGCGAACAUUUUGUAAAGAAAAAAACAAAGGACAGUAGCGGAAAGAUUUCCAAGAUGGCCAAAGUUGGCAAGGAACAACUGCGAGGACACUCGGAAGAGCAAUCGCAAACGCGCGAAGAACAAUCGUCGUUUCCGAGCAAGCAGGAGGAGGAUGACGAAACGACGUUGGUUACGCCCGAUGUUGUUAUUCCCGAUAGCGAUUUGUUCGAAGUGGGCAGCAUCGACAAGAUCUACGGCGAGAACAGCGAGCGAAUGUUGGACCAGGGCUGUUUCAUCGCCAUAAUCAAACGGAAGGAAAUGAUGCAGUUCGACUCGCUUUUUAUGAUCAAGGUGGCGGAAUCGAAGGGGCUGUUCGGCGAUCCCGAUAAGGAACGAGCUUCGAAGCGGGAAGCCGAGGUGUCGGCGGCCGCGCAACAAACGCUACGAAUGAAUCACUCGAGUCUCAAGCGUGUCAAAGUCGAAAUAGAUCGUCUGACAGCACCCACGCUGUCUUCGCUGUCGCGGACCGCGAACAAUCGUCAGCUGUGCCCUCGUCACAUCCGAUACGUUGUUCGAAACGAGAAAUUACUGUCGACGGAAACGCGAAAACAACAAGAUGCGCGCCAAUACUGGCAGGAUGCGAUCGACUUUCUCGUUCGUUCGAAGGGAUGCGAUUCCGUUCGCGAGUUCCAGGCGAUACGUUCGAAUUCGCAAAAUCCAUCGUAUCCUUUUCACGUGAAGAAGAUCGUGUUGUCGAAACGACGCAUUCUCGUCGGCAAUACCGUGACAAAAAAGGAUCCACUUAGAAUUUAAUUCAAUCUUGAAAUUGUUUGCCCAUUGCGUCUAGUUACGAAUUUUUGCAAAAAUAUAUAAAAACAACAAAACAAUUGCACAAAAGCAAUACAACAACAAUUUUGACAUUUUUAAUAGUGCGAUUACGUUAAAAAAAUGUUUUCUGUUUUAGCUUAAAGUUACACACAAGAACAAAGUAUCUGAUUACUGUAUCUCUCUCAAGGUGUGUAUCAAACAGUUUUACAUUAAUGUUUUUAGAAGAUUACAUUUGUAAUUAUUUAUUUUUAAUGUAAGAUUGCGUGUGGAUUAUUCUAGAAAAUAGAACAUUGUAGUUCUGCUUUUUAAUCACGGAAAUGGACUGCGUCCAACUGCUGUUGGUUCAAUAAAUAGCACAGCGCAUCUUCGUGCA